AUCGAUUCACUGCCAGUACCAAUGUUUGCAUUUGAACCACAAAUCCUUCUCAGACUAUGGAGCUAUGCGUCCGCGUAAGAUGGCACUAAUACUCAUCCAGAACUACUUAUCCCACCAAAUAUUAUCCCUCAUAAGCCAGGCACAACCGUUGGAGCCAACUUGUGCUCUUGGCCUGGUCCAUGCUAUUUGCGGCGCGGCUGUGUCCAAUAAACCUGGUCAUUCAGUCAAGGGUGGGCUUGAGUGCCGCGACGAUCAUUUGCUUCGGACUCACAUCCCCUUCCCAGUAGUCUGGGGCAUCCCGUCCUCCCUGUACGGUUGGCUUGUUUCAAAUCCGAUGCCUCGUUCGAUUCUUGCAUACUUCACUCCUCAAUCUGCUCAGUUCUGUCAUCCAUUCCAGCUUAGCCUGUAUACCUACGUACCGCACUUUUCGCAACCCACCAGUUUUGGCAGUAAGUUGCUAAGCUGCUAAAUACCUUAAACGGCAUACACCAGAUAUUGCUGACUGUAGGUUCGUUUCCCAAGCUUCCUCAAACCUCUAAUAUAACGUGUCGUACCUAUAUGUCUAUGGUGUUCAAGCUUCAAACAUCUCCCUCAUGAUUCUGUGUUGAUAAAACAAAGCGUUGUUAUGGGCCAGCUUCUAAUGUCGCCACUGCUUCCAAAUGUAGGAGAAUAGAUACAGUAUAGAAGUAAAAAGAUAGCACGAUUCCAUCCAUACCAGCCUCUUGUACGGGGGUAUUGGUGGAAAGAAAGAACACCAAGAAUGGCUAAAAGUAGACUCCAGUCCCAAUAUGCUCCGGAGGCAAUCCAAU